AUGGCCCGCGGCGAUGACUAUGUCUUCCAGGCUGGCGAUGCAUGUGGACAUAAUACCAUCAUUGCAACCAUCCCUCCUGGUCAAGAAUAUGGCACCGGGUCCGCCGCCGCCCUUGCAAGCCAGGUCAAGAAGUUUUUCCCGAGACUUUGGUUCGGCUUGUUGGUCGGCGUUGCGGCCGGUCUCCCAAACCUCUCGCGAAGCCCGCCGCGGGAUAUUCGGCUGGGAGAUGUUCUGGUCGGGUUGUCCGAGGGCGGUAGUGCUGGUCUUGUAGCCUACGAUUUGGGCAAAGAAACGGAGACUGUUGGGUUUCAGCUUCUUCGCUCAGGUUAUGUGUUGGCCAUCACGGAGACUGCCGUUAGGUCGGCCAUCGGCAGCAUCAAGCUGAACGCACCAAACGACGCGGACGUAUUCUCGCAGUACUACAAGAGCAUCGCAUAUGAGGAACACCCCCACGGCUCGGGAGAAAAGCUAAUGAAGAACGCCCGGAAGCGAAAUGAACUACGAGACAGGUACGACCUCAUUGGCCUCGAGAUGGAAGCCGCCGGGACCAUGAACCGCAUUCCUGUGGGCGUUAUUCGAGGGGUCUGCGACUAUGGAGAUGCACACAAGAACAAAGAAUGGCAACCAUAUGCUGCUGCAAUGGCUGCCGCUUAUGCCAAGGCAGUCCUGGCUGAACUUGUGCCUAAAAAUGUAUUGCCGGAGCCGAGAACCAUGAACGUCAGACCUCAGGGCAGACUGGACGAGGACGAUGAACCCCUUGCUUCAGUCACAAUUAAUGGGCGCAAAAAGCGCCGUAUUGAACAGCGCUCCGAGGCUAGCGGUGCGAGAGCCUUGCCUUUCGACAACGAGAGACCCAUCAGUCAAGAGGUGAACAGUAGCACGAGAGAUUUCGACAAUGUCAUCCAAGACACGAGCGAGCCAUUGUAUGGAGCCGGCCACUUCAUCGAAGCCCCCGUAAAACAGUCAAUCAUAGACCAGCUCUACUUUACCAAAAUCGACGAGCGCCUGACAAGAAUAGCAGCCGCCCAGAUAAAGACUUGCCGCUGGUUCCUCACCAAGCCCGAAUACAAGUCUUGGCACGACACGGCAGAACAUCCCGAUCACGGCGGCUUCCUGUGGAUCAAGGGCAACCCAGGUACCGGAAAGUCGACACUAAUGAAACUCCUCUUCGAAGACACCAAAUCCAACGAAAGGGGAGAUCCCUCGCGAAUCACCCUGUCGUUCUUUUUCCUCGGGCGAGGCACCGUCGAGGAGAAGUCGGUGACCGGUCUAUACCGCUCUCUUCUCCACCAGCUCUUUCAGAAGGAGCCGAGGUUGCGAGACAGUUUAGACUGGAUGACGGCCGAUGGAGCAAAGGUGGUUCAGCGGAAUGGAUGGCACGAGGAAACGUUGAAGCAGACAUUGGCGCAUGCUGUUCAGAGUCUUGGGAGGCGGUCAUUGACGAUAUUCAUUGACGCGCUAGACGAGUGCGACCAGGAGCAGGUUUCGGGUAUGGUUUGCUGCUUUGAGGAGCUAUGCGAUCGCGCCAGAAAAGCUCACGUUCGAUUGCAUAUUUGCUUCUCCAGCCGGCAUUAUCCGACAGUCGUCAUCCAGACGGGCAUCGAGGUCACCCUAGAAGACGAACCAGGGCAUACGGAAGACAUAAAACGCUAUAUCAAAGUGAGACUCCGUCUGCCUAACCCCAGGUCGAGUCAAGCCGAGUCGCUGCUGUCUAAAGUUCUCGAAAAGUCCUCGGGUAUAUUUCUCUGGGUCGUUUUGGUACUCGAUAUCCUCAACUCCGAGUACGCAAAAGGGUCGGGCCGCAUCAAGAAGAUGCGUGAUCGUCUCGAGGAAAUCCCGCCGAAGCUGAACGACUUAUUUGAGAUGAUCCUAACUCGAGAUGAGGAGAACCUCUUACGACUUCAACUUUGUCUUAAAUGGAUCCUCUUCGCAAUGCGUCCUCUAAAACCGCAGGAGCUCUAUUUUGCCAUCGAACUUGGUUGCGACAAAGAAUGCACUGGCUAUUGGGACGAGGAAGACGUCGAUCUGGAUACGAUCAAGGCUUUUGUGCGAAUGUGUUCCAAAGGCUUGGCGGAAGUCACGCGCAACUCGAGAGCCAGUGGUCUGGAGUCUCCGGCAACUUUGCAGGCCAUAGUCACCAGCUUUUGA